CUUGAGACAUAAAUGCCCGUCCAUUCCGUCGAUGUUGUCGUCAGUACAACUUGCGAGAUUAUAGUUGGCGCAAUGUGGUACUUUGUAGUUGCUUUAGUUGUAGUAGUAACCCUCAUUUGGCAAAUGACCGACCUGAAAGCUAGAGUUAUUGAUUUGAUUGCAAGAAAUCUUCGGGAACCUAAAGGUCUCGUGGGACAUAUAGUCAGGGUAAGUUUCGAUCUCUAAAAAGUUGGAGAUAUCACAGACAUUUGUACGCUUACUGCUGAGUGAAAAUACUGAAAAAAUAGUUGGCGAGAGCUAACGACACAACUCAGGUAACAACUGUAAUAAUUUGUUGGUGAUUUUUGUUGGCAUAAAAUAGCUUUUAAUCUUGAAUUAAACUUUUUCAAGUUUCAAUCUAUGUCCAUCCUUGCCAUGCUUCGCAAGCAACAGAUGACAGGAAACAGUUUCAACUUAUAUUGAUAUGGAAUUCAAUCGAUGCGGAAAAAGUUUUCAAUCGAUGCAAAAAAAGUGUUCGCUUUUGAAAUGACCGCUCCUUUACAAACUAUAUUAGUAGCACAGGUCGUGAAGGGGAGGGGGGGGUGGGGGGUGAGGGGUACUCCCUUAUAUAAGCUAUAUAGGUAUGUGCCGCCCCAUCGGGUAGGGUUUUUGCGCCGUUUUGGUCUGAAAACGAGCCUGGGGACGAGGUUGAGGUAUGGUUUUCGAGGGAACUACAGAGUGUGUGAACGUAUUUAGUGUUUCAUUUCCAAAUGAGUAAGAAAGAAAGAGAAAUAUAUGCAAAUUCAAAAUGGAUUUGAAUAAUUUGUUUGCGCUUUAACGGCCAAGUAAUGACAACAUAAUUUCUGCCUAAAGGCAGGUCUGAAAACGGGUAUGGAUUUUAGAGGUCUAGUCUGAAUACGGGUGUGGAAAAGUACAUUUUGUGGUCUGAAAUCGGGUCAGGACAUGAGGAACUGGGCGGCACACCCCUCACCAAAAAUUCCCAGGAGUACCCCCCGGGAAAUAUAUCUAAAAAAAUUGUUACAAGCAGAAUUUAAAGCUGUAAUUAUAAUCGUUGCAUUGAAGAUCAAACAUUAACUACAGUAAUUUCCUUGUCUUUUGUAGAAGAUUACUGUGAUGUACUUUUACAAGGAUGGUGUUGAAUCAUUAAUUUUAGUUUAAGAAUAAGAAGCUUUAGACUGUGUUUCAUGAUAUGGUUUGAGAGAUAUAUAUCAGACAGUUUUAGCUGUUCAUUUCCUAAUCUGAGAUAUAGCCAACUUGAAUCUGCCAUUUACUGUCAAAAACGUAAUUCGAUCCCUAAAGUCUCUCUAUUAUGUCUCCAUCUAGCGUUGUAUCGUGAUGGAUCAGGGCUUCUGAUUUUAUGCAAUUGUGUGAUUUCUCACAAAUGAUCAAAAAUUGCGUCUGAUCGCAUAUUCCAUAAGGAAUAAAAAAAUAAAUAACCGUUCUUCAGAAGGCCUGAUGUGCAUUUGAUGAUCUUCAUCAUGGUGUGCAAGUUUUAAUCUUAGUAUUUUGUCACUUAACUAUUUAAUAAUAACCAAGGUAGUUUAUGAUCUUGUUCAGAUGCAUUUUUAUGAAAAAUGUUCAUUGACAAUUAUUUCUCAGAUGAGGUUUUAGUUUAAUCUCUUGAACCUGCAACUUCACAUCAUGUUAGAAACCGUAGAAAAGAAAAUUAUGUUUGAAUGCUAUUAUGCAAGGCUUUGUCCCAUUGGUAGUAUUGUAAAGGGUUAUUAUCUGGGUACAUUAUUUUGUAUCUGGAUUAACAUUGCCAGCUGUUAAUAGAAGUGGAAAAUUGAAAGUGAACUUCCCUAGUCUGAGUUUCAAAACCUGUCGUUUUGCAUAUUGAAGAGGAAGCUAUGUCGCUGUCACAGUUUCAACCAAUCUUUGUGUUGUUUGUCGCCAUUUCUGCUGUCUUAGACCCCUGUCUCAAGGCCAUGUCCCCUGUUGGAAUUUACCCUGACAGGGUCGAUCGUUAAUCUGCCAUGAUGACUGUACAGAAGUGGCAAAUAUCUUUUUUUUGAAAAAUACAGGCUUUAAUUCUUUGUGUUUCUGACUUGCAGAUUAUUCUUGGAAAGGGGAACGCAAGUUUGGAAAAUGAAACUGUAAAGCAUUUGAACAUCCAGCCUGAUCACAAAGUUCUUGAAAUUGGGUUUGGCCCUGGUAUUGGGUUAAAUGCUGCUCUGGAAAAAGUGGAGCACUCCUCUGGUAAAGUGUAUGGCAUUGACAUUUCUGAGCAAAUAGUAAGUAUUGAAUUCAAGUGAACUGUUUAUUGAGGGGGAACUGGGGAGAAGAGAGGGGGUUAUAAGAGAUCUGGGUACAAGAUUAGGGUUAUCCCCCUCUCCAUCCACUCUUUUGACAUAAAGAUAUGCAUAUAAUAAAGUAUUAGUUUUGUGUUUGUUAAGUUCGCAUAAGCCGCUUCUGCAAUAGCUAAUCAUUGGUGUUUGCUGCAUUAGAUCCGUGCAGUUAGUAAGUAAAGUAAGUAAGUAGCAACUUUAUUUAAUGAGGGUAGCACAUGACAGAAAAAACUGAGGAACUAGUAGCCGUCAAUCGUAAUUAAAAUAUUUAGAACUAUCUAAAUAUAAACAUGAUGAAUUAAAAUUUAAGAUAUACUACAAGAUAACAGUGCAGGGCAGAGCUAUGUUCCACCUUUUUUUUGAAGAUAUUGGAGAGCACCCAACUGGACAUUUUUUAUUUGUAAAUUUUAUUUACUGUUUAAUAGCAGUACUCAUAUUCCAUAAAUUUAAGACAAAACUGGCAUUUCGCUGUCUCACAUUGCAAAACAAAGUCUGUAUUUGUAAUUCGUUGUUAUUAACCUUAGUCACUCGAUCAUAAGAUUGCAGUUACUAUCAUUUUAUUCAGCUCUGUAAUUAACCUUUACAAUUCGGUCAUAGUACUGUGAUGAGGGUCUUUUAAUAACAACUUCUUUCUGUCAACUAAUUUUCGGUCCAUCCUUCCGUCCAUCCGUCCAUCUGUCUGUUCCUUUGCCCCUCUGUCUGCCGGCAGCCCACCUUAACCCAUCAAUAUUCAGAUACCCCUCCCUGGAUGGGGUGUCAGCAUAUCAGCCAACACUAAAUUUAUAGUGUUAAUAACAGCUUAUAUACAGUAAAAAACUUGCUGUAACAGUUAACAUAACAAACUAAAAAAGUAUAAGACCCCAUGACUUCAAAAGUACAAGCUGAGAUCACAAAAGGCUCCUUCUGCCGGUUAAUGGCAAAUUCAUCAUCCUGUAACCUUACUUUAGUAGUUUUGCUUUUUAUUUUUAUUGAAAACUCAAUUAUAGUAUCUAGAAUGGCCCAAUCACAGUAACAAAACAGUAAACUCCAUACAGGCAGCCCUCUUAAACUUUUGAUAUCACUUAAAGGGAAAGUUUCUUUUUCUAUUUUAUUAGCUUACAUUAUUUUUUAAUGUCAUUUUUUUUUCAACCACAGAGUCUUUAUUAAUCUCCCUCACAGCUGUCGUCACGCAACUCUCCUUGAGGAGCAUUGCACGACAACAUUAAAAAUGGCUGCAAGGGAGACUAACUCUUUAUGGGUAAUACAUGUUGUUUUUAUGUGAGGUGUUUCUUUCUGUAUGUUAUUUGUAUUUCUUUUCUUUUCCUUUUUUCUAUAAAAUUAUUUAAAGUUUUUUCCUGCCAAGAUUAGCAUUUAUAGCUAUUUGCAUGGCAUAAAGUAAUUGUAAACGUUAUAGUUUAUCAAAUAAAUACAUUGUUGUUGUUGUAAUGUUGUUGUUGUCUUUUAGAGUAUUCAUUUUGCAAGGUUUCGUAAGUUAUUUUGGAUCAUUCCCUGCCUGAUAAUGUCGAGUGCUUGAGUUUAUGAUGGUUUGAUUAUGUUUAUUUUGCCUUGAAAAAAAAAUUUCAGGUUGAGAGCGCACAGAGGCGUUUUAAAGAAGCGAUAAAAAGAGGGAAACUAGAAAUCCGUUUGGGCAGUGCUAUGGAACUUCCAUAUGAAGAUGACUUGUUUAACAGUGUGUUCCACACAAAUUGCUAUUAUUUUUGGCCAAGUCUUGAACAAGGCAUUUCAGAGAUGAAGAGGGUCUUAAAACCAAGAGGAAUCAUGUUGACUGGACUUUUUUAUGAUGCAUUACUGACAAGUACACGUAAAGGAUUUUUAAAAUAUGGACCCAACUGGCGUCCAGAGCUGUAUAUAGAAAAACUUAAAGAAGGAGGGUUUGUGGAUGUUGCCAUGGAGACAGUAACAAAACCUUCUGGACACAACUAUCAGGUUAUAUUUGCCUCAAAACCAUAGUUGACAAAUGAAGACAAAUGCUUGUUUUGCUAGUUGCUAUAGUCUGUUCUUUAGUACAAGAAGAAUGGAUUACAUUUAUUUCACAUCUGGGAAGGUCAGAAAUCACAGCAAAACAAGCAAAUAAAUAAACUUUACUGCAUCUUCUUUCUUCUCAAGAUAAUAGAAUACUCAGAGAGCUGCAUGAUAAUAUUUUUUAUUCUUACCUCAUAGUAUUGUAAUAUUUAUUAAAACAUUGCAGAUAUUUACAUAUUUUUUAUACCGUGUUAUUUAGAACUGCACAAAUUGUGUCUUAGUCAGUCUAAAAGCAGUCUAACAACUUGACAAUAACACAUCUCUACAUCUGUGAUCAAAGUGACUUCAUUUGUGACAAUUAUACCUUUUCCUGCCUUUGAGCUCCUGUUCACAGACCAACUAUUUUCUGUGGAGACAUUGUCUUGUGAGGUGAAGAUAAAAACUGUAGGAGAUUUAGAUGAAUUCUUCAAAAUAAUUUACUGAAGUCAUGAUGAAAUUUUGUCAUCAUUAAUGCUGCAAGAGAUGUUAAUUUUCCCCUCAGGUGUAAAGAAUUGGUGUGCAUUAAGCAUAAUUUACUGGCUUGAGAUUGAAGAUUUCUGUGGGCUAGUGUCACUCAGGUUCACAUUAAAAGCUACACUUAUAUAUGGCAGAUAAAUUAUAAAUAAGCUAUUUUGUAGCUAUGAUGGUCAUAAUUCCCUGUAUAGUUUCAUGUCGUGAUAGCUACUUAAAUUAGAUAUUUCUAUCUAGUACAGAAAUAUACUUUAUGCAAUAUAUUGCAUAUUAAAAAGAAGUCUAAAAAACUUCUGGUAGAAAUAAGCU